UGAAACCUGAACUGAUACGCUUCGGUUCAUCUGACGUCUUACACAUGACGACGCUGGAUAUCCAGAAUUCUAGGCCAAAACUGUCAACUUACAAUUUUUUUUAAUGAGAAUAAAGGGGUAGACGAGAAUCUACCUACCAAACAUUUAUAGGAAUAAAGUUUGCAGUCGUUUCAAUUCUAAUACAUUGUCAGUAAAGGCAAAACAUGGUUUUCAAUAGUGGAUUUUUUCGUAUUUGUAGAUUUACAGCAUAUGUACUCAUGCUGACCUUAUUUGUGGACACUUUGACUGGAAUUUCUGUAACUUUGGAUGUAUCAAGUGAAGACUUCAAUGAUUUACCAGAAUCCCUGACCGUGACAAUUGAAGUCACACAGAAUGUACCAGUGAGACUUCAGCUACAACGUAUCUCUGAUAUCAACUCCAAUCUUCCAAUCUAUUUGGUUAGCAAAGAUUCUAAUGGAAACAUUCAGAAACUGAGACAAGAACCAAGUGAUUUAAAGACUGUCGGUUACUACCAAGAUGUCAACAUGCAAGCCAAUAUAAAGAUCACGUUAACAGAGGGAGAUAAGAAACAAGCCACUUUAGAAGGUGAGUUCCGGUAUCAAGGGAAAGUGUAUUCCAUCAAGCCAUCCAGCAGAGCAAAGAGAGACACAGGAGACACAGUCUAUGACGUGCACGAGAAGCAAACACAAAGACACUUUGGACACAAGGAUUACAUUCCAUUGGCUGACAAGAGUUCAAAGUCCAUCAAGAGAUCAACUUCCUACAACACCAGACGUCAUGAGCGUGCCACGACACCCACCUACUACAUCGACGUGGUCGCCGCCGUUGAUAAAACUAUGUACGACAUUUUCCUCACGAGAGCCGGGAACCAGCAAGCAGCCUCGACAGACAUACGAGAGUAUUUCUCAUUUCUUUUUAAUGGGGUAGAUUUGAGUUACAGGAGUAUCACGUGGACCAGCUAUCGUAUCAACGUUAGACUCAUCAAGAUUGUCGUUUUCUCGAAAACUGAUGUGUAUAGAGUAAUAUUUGAUGCGAAAAAAGAAGCCUUCAUAGAGAGUAACCUAAGUUUGGACAGCUUCAGUCAGCUAGUGAAUAGUGCUACUGGGGUGGACUUAUUUGCACCCUACGACCACGUCAUGCUGUUUGUUGGGAAGUCGAUGAUCUUGGACGAUGGAGAAUUGUUAGGUUUGGCUUAUAUGUCUCAAGUGUGUCGCAACGACGGAAAAAGUAGUUCCAUCGUUUAUGACGCUGGCACAUAUUCAUCCAUCUUAACAGCAGCUCACGAGCUUGGCCACAGUUUAUCAGCAGAACACGACGGGGACGGCAACAGUUGUCGCUUUGAGGACCGCUAUAUAAUGGCUGCCACGGACUCAGAUUCAACUCAAGGCACUGAGCUUCACCCAUGGAUAUUCUCAAACUGUAGUGUCGCGAAUUUUACCAACCUGUUUCAACAACUUUUACAAACUUCACGUGGUCAAAUGUGUCUCAAUACUAAGUUGUCUGCUGAUGAGUCUUAUGAUGUUAAAAGCUAUCUGGGUCAGCGCUAUCCCCCCGACCAGCAGUGCCAACGACGUCUUAACAAAACAGAUGUUGUCUUUUAUAGGAAUCUUCAUGACACUGACCUAUGUCUUAAUCUGUAUUGCUCCUUUGCUGACUACACCAGUUACUAUACCCAAUCAGAACCAGCAUACUAUGGAACAAGCUGUGCUAGUGGCAAGGUGUGCAAACAAGGUGAAUGUGUGACUGACCCAGCAGCUCCCACUGGUGAUGACUAUUGUAUGUUUGGUGAGAACUUCUCGGGUUGUGCCAGUUUGGUGAAAAGCUUCACAGGAAACUGUUACAACGCCACCUAUCGUCACGUCUGCUGCCAGACAUGUCAGUCUGCAUAUCAAACAGUUGAAGGGUGUGAGUUCGGGGACAAGAGAGACAACUGCACAUUAUCUGACUGUAAUCGAAGUGAUCCAAAGUUUGCUGAAGAGUGCUGUGGAACGUGCCAUUAUGGAGCUACUUUUACCACUACGGCUUCCCCAACCAAGACAACAACAGCAGGCUGUUCAGGGGACACAAGCCAGAACUGCACUGACUCUGUCUGCACUAGCACCAACUCCACAGCAGUGAUGGAAUGCUGUGCUACAUGUGGUCUUGUAACAUUGACACCGACGACCAAAGCUCCCACUUGCCAGGAUGACCCUCUAUUUAAGUCUCAAAAUGGUAACUGCUUGACAUCAGUCUGGCUCUCAGCGUCUGCUUGCUACAAUCAGACAGUUCAAAGGUCAUGCUGCGCUUCAUGCGCCUCAGCAGACGUUGGUACCACAGGUUGUGUCUAUGGUGAUAAAAAAAUAGGUUGUGAUGAGCAAUCUUGCAAGACUUCUAAAUCUGAUUGCUGUGAAACAUGUGAAGGCCUUAACAAAGUUUCACAUCUUCAUGGGAAUGUUUUCAUUCUGACUGUAAUAUUUACCAGCUACCUACUUUCUAUUUAACUAGAGAAUUUUUUUUUUUACAUUUUUUAUAGUAUUUCCAAACUAGCAAUUUUUUUUUAUUGAACCAAUAUUUUCGUACGCUUGAAACAAACUCCACCCACUAUUUUAAUGUUAUAUUUUUUUUUAUAUCUUUAGGCCCUAUUUUUUAUACUGAGAUUAGUUGUCAUGUAAUAACUGAAAUAAAUAAAUUUCGACCUUUCUACUCCUACCAGGGCCUGCCUUAGAUAAUUAGAGGCCCUAGGCAAAGUGAAUUUGGUGACCCCAAAUGAAAUACAAAAAUAAAAAAACGGCGAUAAAACGAAAUUACGCUAUUUAUUAAAAACGAAUGCACUCAUCCUUAAUCUUCGGAAUCGAAUACAUUGCCAUUAGUAGUAAAGUAAGUAAGGUUCCCCUUUUCAGACCUUGUCAAUACUCCAAAAAUAACACUGAGGUCAGGUUUCGCUAUUUCUUCUAUAAAAAAGUUGUUUUGUGUCCUCUGCGAGCCCCCAACCAAUCAGGGGCCCUAGGCGGUUGCCUAGUUUGUCUAUGCGUAAGGACGGCCCUGCUCCUAUUUUACAAAUGUUGUAACUGGUAGCAAAUGUGUAAUUUAUUCUUAAUGUGAGAAUUUUAAAUGUGAUUACCUUUACAAAGACGAGAGGAAUUCGUUUAAAACAGAAAGAGUUGUAAUGUUAUGAUGGUACAUUUUCAUUUUAAAAUUACUUUAAUAAAUUGUAGUAAAAAUUAGUUUGUUACUUUGAGUCUGUAAUAGAUUUGGAUUUGAUUGUGAGUUUUGUAAGUAAGGUUUCAAUUAUCGUACGACUGGUAUGGCAUCACGUUCAUAAUUAGAACACACAUUAUUUUAAACAUAAAAGAAGACUUAAACUGACACAUUUUAAUAUUAAAAAAAAAAACAUUUUACAAAGCUCUUAUACAAGUAAAAAGAAAUUAACUGCAACGAAUAUUGUUCGUAUUAUAUUCAAAUUAUGUCAAUAUGGGAAAAAUUAUUUUUUGUUGACUGUUAUAAUGUUCUAAAUGCAUUUUUAAUCUAAUUAUUAUAUCUUAUACGUAUUGAGAUAGCUAUUUAUUAUACAUGUAGUCUAUUUACUAUACACUACAGAGGAAUAUCUUACGUAUAUUUCGAUAUAUGUAUAUCUUAUGUACUGCUCAAUAUUUUGUAAAAGUUGAUGUCAAAUUAUUUUGCCUAUAAACAAUAUACUAUUUGCUUAUGUAUUUAAAUACGCGACACCUUAAUUGGUUUGAAUAGCAAUGUACAUAAAUCUAGAUAUACAUUUUUAUAAAUACAUUUAUACACCAUUGCAUUGGUAAUUGGCGAGUGCAACUUUCUUUUAUUGCUAUCAAAGGGAAAUAACUCAACUUGUUAUAAAGGUUAUAUGUGCAAGAGUCUAUGCGCAUUGUUUUGUA